UUGUAAGAAACAUUUUUAUGUUAAUGUUAAUGUUAUCUACAAUAGUUAAUGAUAAAGAGAAAACUGAUGCAAACUGUACUCCAAAUUGUUAAUCCAGAUAUUGAGGGAACAAAAGUUACUUGGAACACAUCUCAAUUUUGGGAUUUAUGGACUCACGCUGUAAAUGCUUUAUCUAUAUUGGCACCAAAAAUGCCAGAACAAUUCAUAGAAUAUGGUGGUGGUAUUAGAUUAUGUGUAAUGCUAGAAUGGUUUCUAAAUACAACAUUUGAUAUCAAAAUAGUAAUGAAUUGUGUAAAAACAAUUUGCAUAAUUAUUCUAAGUAAUAAUAAAUAUUUAUUAGAAUACUUCCGAGAAUAUGGAAUUAUAUCAUCAUUAAUUAAACUUAUUAAACAUAUUUUGAAAUUUGAAAAACUCAAAGUAAAGGAGCAAAGAGUUUUAACACUGGCAUUAAUAUCAGUUGAAAGACUCAUGAGAAAACAAAAAUUUUACCAUGAUAUAUAUGGAGAGUAUAGUAUUACAUUCAUCAUGGAACUAUUAUUUCGUUGUAUUUAUCAGAAAGGUAGUGAAUUCCAACUGGAUCAACGUCUUCUACUAGCAAUAGGCUCAUAUAUUUGGGAAUGCAUAAUAUGGUCUCCUAAAAGUCUUGAAAAAUUUAUUCAGUAUGGUGGAGUGUACAUUAUCCUUGAUCUUAUUGAAAUUGUUCCAUAUUGUUCUCGUUGCUUAUUUCUUGCUGCUUUUACCGACAUGUGCGAUAAUUUUUUUUGUGGGCCAUUUUUAUGUACAUGGAGGGCUACUGAUAAAAGAACAGGGUUAAUGUCUUUACUAGCAAAAAUAUGGAGAGAAGAAGAAAUACGGAUUGAAGUUAAAAGAAAUGUGGAUGGCACUGUAAAAGACGUGAAAUUACCCCAAAUGAGUAAGAAGCAGUGGUUAAAUACUUACUGCAUAAAAUUAGCUAGAGAUAAUAGUCCAGCAAUAAUUGACAUGAUUGGUUCAGUUAGAUCAAAAAUAUAUAGUAUUUGCAAAAUAAUUGAAAGAGAUAAUGAAAAGUAUGAAAUGGCCAAGGAACAUUAUAAAAAAUUACAUGCUAAUCUUUCAAUGGAAGAUAGAAUUACAAUAUCUACCAUAGAAUUAUAUUUUACAUUGAAAUUAGGUCAAGUAUGGAUAGAAGUUGCUAAAUACUUCGAGCAAGUUGGCAUUACUCCUCUUGGUAUGGAUGGUCAAGCACUUUUCUUGAUGACUCAGCGUUAUCUUUUGUGGGGUAAAAUGACAAAAGAGAGACAAGCCAGAAUAAUACAAUCUAUAAAAAAAGAGGAAGACAUAGAAGAAAAAGACGAAUAUGCAAGGAUCCGUAAUUCUAAGCUUAUUUUAGCAUUAGAUGCAUUUGAUGAAAUAGAUUAUAUGUAUAGAACGACAGACAGAUCAUAUAGGAUAAAGAAAAAGUAUGAACAAAUACGACAAAUUAAUUUAGCUUUAAAGUUUCCAUCUAUCUCAGAUGAUUCGCAUUGUCAUAGGACAUUCCAAGAUAAAAUAAUGGUUACGGCUAUAUUUAAUCAACAUCAAACAAUAAGCAGCGGUUUGACAACAGACCCAUGUUCGAGUCAAAUGAAAUUGGGGAAAAUUCUCCCUAUUUCUCCUUGUGAUUCCUACAUUUCUGACAUAACAUAUGAUUCUGAAUUACUUCCAUCUUCUUUAUCAAGUAUCUGUCUCUCUAACAUAGAAAAGUUUUUAGAAAAUUAAUAAUUCCUAAUAAUUUAAGAUGAUAAAUUAAAAAUUUUAUUUAGUAAAUGCUAAAUUUUGUUUGAAUAAACUCCAGUAUUAUCAUC